GUGAAAGGACGUGCGCGGUGUUCUAAAUCAAAUCCCCUUAUCAUACUAGUACGCUAAACGCUAUAAACAUUUUCUUUGAUUAUCAAGUUUCGUAUUUAAUUAAUACAGUGUUAUUGGACUGUGCUGUUUCAGUACUUUUCUCUUUCGUAAAAUUUUCAUUCUAGGAUUAAAACAUUUUUUUUGCCGUCAAGAUUUUGAGUGAAUUGUGCUAAAUUGAGAUGACUGUUGACAGAAUUGACAGAUAAGGAUGACUGGAGUUAAUCAUUCUGAUUAUAUAAUUGAUUUCUUAAAAAUGACGACAACGCCUUGCAUCAUAAAACAUAUUACGGAAAAAGUAUAAAAUGAGAAAUAGCUUCACGCAACCAAAGAUAGUGCACAUAAUAUGAUCUAAAUGCCUUAUUCAAAAAAACAGUGCGCUGCUGGUCGCAGGCGCCGACUAUGUUCGACUCGACUAAAGGCGCAUUGCUAGUAGCGCCAUCUCUGUCUAACAGCUCGUGUUGGCCCAAUGGAAAAGGUUGGCCGUCGACAUUUCCAGCGACGGAAGAUAUACUGAAAGCCUUUUUCAUUUUUGCCUUGUCUAUGGCAAUUGUUUUUUGCAAUUUGGUACUUAUUUGCGUGUUAAAUAAUCGCAGGUAUAUAAAGUAUAUUGACAAUCAGCCAAGGUAUUUACUGACUUCUCUGGCGCUGAACGACUUAUUUACUGGAAUUCUUAUCGCCCCCGUGGCUCUCUUGCCUGCGCUGUAUAAGUGCUGGCCUUACGGCGAAAUAUUUUGUCAAAUACAGGCGCUUUUAAGGGGAGCUGUGAGUCAACAAAGUGCUGUUAUUCUAGUUUGUAUGGCGAUAGAUAGGUACUUGUAUCUGCUACAUCCAAAUACUUAUCAUAAACACUCCAGUAAAAAGGGUUGCGUUUUAAUAAUAAGUAUAACUUGGAUUCUGUCAGUAUCUCUUUUUGCCAUUAUGGUUCUACCUCGAACAGGAUAUUAUUUCAAUUCAACGGGUUUGAUGGCAUGUGACGUAUUUCACAGUAGAAUUGCAUUCAGAAUUCUAGCUUGUUGUGCGUAUUAUUUUCCAACAACAAUGGCGCUGAUGUAUUGCUAUGGAUCAGGUUUUCAUGUUAGCAAAACAAGAAGUAAAUGUAAUCAAGAUCCCAGACCUAAUGGUGUUCCAGUACCUUGCAAUAAAAAUCACAGUGAUCUAGAAACUAUUCAAAUUCAGACUCCAGUCAGGCCGCAUAGCGUGAGUACAUCUCGUACAAUGGCGGCAAUGUCUCUAGGAUUUAUAGUAAUGGUAACUCCGGCCACUAUACAAGAAGUAGUAGCGGCAUGCACGGGUUGUAAGGUACCACCAUCGUUAGACUUUAUUGUCACAUGGUUAGCUCUUAGUGACAGUUUUUGGAAUCCGUUCUUAUAUUGGCUAUUAAAUAGUCACUUUAGGAGAAUAAGCAAUGAGCUAAUUCAAUAUUAUCUAUGUUGCCGAAGAACUAAAUCAUUUCAAAGUUUUGAAAAACCGACUGGCUGUUGUGGGUCCCCAAUUACCUCAGAUGGACUACAUUCGAAAGGAGAGUUUGAGGGGCUUGGUGAAAAAUAUUGGGGAGAAAUUUUGGAACGGACAGUAUCCUCCAACUCUCUUCACGCAAUUCAGAAAGCUUGUCACAGAGACCCCAUGCGCUGUACUGGAUCAUUUAAAGGUUACCCGAGCGGAACUUGUAAGCAUGGAUCAAGAUUUUUUGACGGCUAUGGACCCACUGAUUAUAGACAAUUAGAUAGAUCUGCAUUUCAAAUCGAACCUUGCUCAAGACAAUGUAGGUUAAAAACAUCAGAUUUCUGUUUAUUUAGAUCUGGUCCUGGCCUUGAGUGUGGACGUUCCCGUUCCAAUCUUAGUUUGGACGAGGGAAACUUCAGCAAAAUUUGUAAUGGCAGGCAUCCAGAGUUGUGA